AUGCGCUCUAAUACUCCUUCGAAGGGAAACCAUCCAUUGGUUUCAAAAGAUCCUGAAGCUGUAACUCCCAAAUUACAGAAUAUGGCUGCUUAUAAUCUGUUAAAUACUAUAGAUAAUCGGUUAGAUUCUUUCGCUAUAAUAUCAGGAAUUAAAAGAAGGAUCAGAGAGAUUACUAGCAAUAUUUCAAUCAUUCAACGAAAUAUUGAAGGAAAACAAGAGAUAUAUAUUUCAACUCGUUGCAACAACUGCUAUCAUUCAGAAGGAGAAACUGGCUUCUGGGCUCUGAUGAUGGUUCUUCUGAUAUUGGCCAAUUUAUUCUUUUUAUUUAUUUUCAAAAAUAUGCGUGAUGAAAGAAUUGCAGCUAUCAUACCAAAUUAA